GGAGAGGACUGUGGAGAGAAAAAGGGGAAUGAAAUAGUGUGUAAUCAAAUAUUUUGUAUCAUAUAUGGCAUGACGGUUUACUAAAACGAAAGCGAUGAGUGGGUUUCUUUUCUUUUCAAUAUAGAAGAAGAAGAAAAGUGGCUGCUGAAAGAAGAUGGAGAGUUGUAGUGUGAAGAAUGAAAUGGUUGUUGGAAACAGUGACUUGAUUGAUUUGGUUUUCUCUUGGUCUAUCGCAGAUGUUAUCAAUACUGAUCUCUAUAAAGAACAGGUGAAGACAAUUCCCUAUAUCUUCUCAUCAGCAACAGAAUACUUGAACUCAUUCAUCACCCCUCUUAUAGAGGAAACACGUGCUGACCUGCUUACAGGCUUCAAAGAACUGUCUGAUGCACCUUAUUCUGAAAUAAAAUCUGUCAAGCGGUCUAAGGAUUUUAAACUUCCCAAAGCUUUGCUGUACAAAAUUGAACUGCAAAGAGGCGUUGAAAAUGAGAAUGAUAUGAAUGCAUUUGAGCCUGAAGUUGGAGAUCUCAUUGCCGUUACAAGUGUAAGACCUACAUGUGUUGAUGAUCUUGACCGGCCCGAAAGAUCCUAUCUCAUUGGUCAUGUAAGAAGGGUGAAAGAGAGAGAUGAUCAUUUUAAACUUUUAAUGCUAUCAUCAAAGCCUUCCCUGGUUGAAGAUCACAUGGAAGGAAGUGGGAAGAGGACAAUGCUUUUUGCUGUUAAGUUGAUCAAUAUGACUACAAAUAUUCGUAUAAUGACUGCCUUAAACUGCGAUCAGAAAGCGGUGAAUAUGAACAUCAUUCAGAACGUUCUACAAGCUGAAUUUAAUGAUGUUGAAAAUUGUACCAUCUGCCAAUCUGAUAGAAGUUGCAGUGCUACGAAUUCAGAUGUAAGGGCCAGAAUCCACAAGUCUGAUUUGAAUGAUUCUCAACAAAAUGCAAUUUUAAGCUGUAUUAGAGCUACAGAGUGUUAUCAUCAAAAUACUGUCAAAAUGAUAUGGGGACCUCCGGGGACAGGAAAAACAAAGACAGUUGGUUUUCUUUUAAGUUUGUUGCUUAGGUUGGAAUGCAGAACACUCACAUGCACUCCAACAAACACUGCAGUUCUGCAGGUGACAAACCAACUCGUAAAAUAUGUUAUGGACUCAGCUAACUAUAGGAUGUAUGGGCUAGGAGAUAUAGUUUUGGUUGGGAAUAGGAAACGAAUGAAGAUCGAUGAUCAUGAUGAACUUUACAGUGUCUUUCUUGAUUAUCGGGCUGAAAUACUUGCCAAGUGUUUUGAUCCAAGUUUUGGGUGGAAAGAUACUUUACUUGACAUAAUUAGUUUACUUAAGGAACCUGACAAACAGUACAGAACAUACUUGAGAAAGAUGAAUGGGGAAGAUGAAGACCUCAGGAAGAAUGAUAAUACUAAUGUCAUAAAAGAAUAUGUGAAUUUGGAAAACAAAGAUUUUGAAAGAAAUACAGAAAAAGAUGAUAGUGAUAAAUCUUUUGAGGUCAAAAAAGGCAAGAAGGAUAUGAAGCAUUUCAUUCUGCAAUUCUUGAAAGAGAACAAGACCAAUAAAAGACCUAAGGAUCUGCUACAUCUACUGAAAGAAAAUAAAUCAGAGCAAGAAGGACGUAAUAGGAAUGAUGUUCCAGGAAAGAAGAAAGAAAGAGAAGAGAAAAAAGUACGUGAUAUUCCUUUGACUUUUGGGGAGUUUGUAAAAAAGAGAUUUGAUUUUGUUGGAGAAUGGCUGUACUUUCUUAUUGUUAAUUUGUACACACACCUGCCAACAUCUGUUAUUUCAUCAGAAGUGGUGAAGAAUAUGCUUGCAGCUAUAAGAUAUCUAAAGCAAUUCCAACAAUUUUUGCAUGGCGUUGCAGAUGAAGAUUUAAAGGAAGCCUUCAGUAGAGGCAGUCAAUUUACAAACCUCAAUGGUGCAAAAGUUAGUAGCAUUUUUACUCUAGAAUCACUUCCUUCCAAGUUUUCCUUUCCAUAUACUUGCGAUAAAAGGGUGAUAAGAGAAUACUGUUUGAAAAAGGCAUGUCUCAUUUUCUGUACUACUUCGGGCUCUGCUAAAUUGAACAUCAUAGAUAUGAAACCGUUGGAACUAUUGGUUAUAGAUGAAGUUGCUCAGCUUAAAGAAUGUGAAUCAACUAUUCCUUUACAACUCCAUGGGUUCCGUCAUGCUAUACUUGUAGGAGAUGAGCAGCAACUACCUGCAAUGGUUAAGAGCCAGAUUUCUGAAGAAGCUGAUUUUGGAAGAAGUUUGUUCGAGAGGUUGGCGUACCUGGGACACAAGAAACACCUUCUUAAUAUUCAGUACAGGAUGCAUCCUUCGAUAAGCCUAUUUCCAAACAGAGAGUUCUAUAACAAUCAGAUUUUGAACGGACCAAAUGUUAAAGAUAGAAUCUAUAAUAGGAGUUUCUUUAAAAGAAAAAUGUAUGGCUCUUACUCUUUCAUAAAUGUGUCACAUGGAAAGGAGGAGUUCAAUGAGAAGCGUAGUCGAAAAAACAUAGUAGAGGUUGCUGUAGUCUUGGAGAUGGUCGAAAGCCUUCAUAAAGAAUUUAUUUUGACAAAGAAGAAGUUCAGAGUAGGUGUGAUAACACCCUACAAGGCACAAGUUCAUGCACUUACUGAGAAAAUUAGGAAGUAUAUUAUAGAUGCUCACAACGGCUUCUUAGUAAGUGUUUGUACAGUUGAUGGAUUCCAAGGUGGAGAGGAUGAUAUAAUAAUCAUAUCUACUGUCAGGUGUAAUGGGAUUGGCUCAUUAAGUUUUCUUUCUAGUCGGCAAAGAGCAAAUGUGGCUCUAACUCGUGCAAGAUAUUGCCUUUGGAUAGUGGGUAGUGGAGAAACAUUACGAAAUAGUGGCACUUUUUGGAAAAAUCUUGUCAUUGAUGCAGAAGAACGCGGGUGUUUCCAUGAUGCUUGGGAGGACAAGAACAUGGCACGUGCUAUUACGGUUGCCCUGAUUGGUCUUAACCAAAUCUCAAUGUUACUUGGUCUAGAUGCAGUUCUGUUUAGGAAAGCAAGAUGGAAGGUGUGCUUCACUUAUGCUUUCUGGAAAUCAAUGACGAGUGUUAAAAAUAAUUUGUUCUGCAAGAAAGUGCUUAAUCUAUUGGAGAACCUUUCAAGUGGCUGGCGUAAAGCAGACAUCAGGAGGGACCGUGAUGAUGAAAUUUCCUCCCAAUUAGUAGAGUACUACUUGGUUAACAUGGAAUUAUAUCUUGUUUGGACUGUAGAUAUUCUGCAAGAAGACUCGCACUGCAUUCAGAUUUUACAGGUUUGGGAUAUUUUGCCACUAUCCAAAAUACCAGAACUGUCAAAGCAGAUAGUUUUUUUACACAGAAGUUAUUCAGUGGAUAAGUUGAGUCGCUGCAAGUACGAAUGCUACGAGGGGGAUUUGCUUGUUCCAAUGACAUGGCCAGUAAAAUCCAGUUGUGCUGAAACCAAUCCUGGGAAGCUACUACCAAAAUCAAUGCCUUUGUUUCUAAAGGACGAGUCAGAAACAUCAUCAGUUAAUAAAAGGAAUUUGGUUGCUCUAGUGAGACAGGAAGUGGACUCAAGCUGUGGUGAAGCUGAUCCUGGGCAAUUAUCAUCACAAUUUGUUGCUUCAUUCAGUUCAAAGCAUGAUCAGAAAACACCAUUACCGACUAACACGGAUAUGGUUGUUCCAUUGAAAUGCUCAGUAGGCUCAAGUUGCAAUGAAGAUGAUCCUAUGGAGUUAGAACCAGAAAUAUUAGAAAGAGUUGACAGAAAUUUUGUUGUUCCAAAGUCAUGGCCAGUGGACAGCAGCUGCAAUGGAGCUGAUCCCAUUGAGUCAUUGUCAAAAUUAAUGGCUUUACUCAGUCUGAGAGAUGAUCUUUCCUGCUGUGAAAUGACUUUGAAUUGAGGAAGACAGCAAGCAUUCUGUUCCCUUCUGAAUUAACCCAACAUUUAACUGAAAAAUAUAGUUUUAGGUAAGCAAAUUGAAUUAUCCACUAUACAUUGCAGUUUUGUAUAGAUGAUUACUGUUGCUCUAUGAACAAAGCAAAGUAUAUAUGAAAUUUGCGCAGAGUUAUCGGUAGUUAUUAGAGACUUCUUCCUUCCUUUCUUUUUUUUCCUGUCAGAGUUAAAUAUAUUCCAUAUAUAUUAAAAAAAAUCAUAAAUAAAUAAAUAUAUUCCAUAUA